AUGUUGGCCCACUGGAAAACAAGCAGUUCGAUUAUUUUAUCUACAGCAUUAUUAUUCAUACUUUAUUAUGUGCAGUUUAAAAAUAAAGAAAAGGUCAUUGCUGAGAUUGAGGCAAGCUCAUCUGAUCAUCCUUGCUCAUGUCCUCCCAAGAUCAAUGCACAGUUUGGUGAACAACGGCCAGUUAUCGUACCUGACAGUAUGCCAUCUAUACCAUCAGAUAUCAGAGACAAAAUACAGGAAAAUAGGCUAGAAAAUGAUGACCUUAUUGUCAUUGUUGCAGGAUACGACAUGCGGUUAGACCUCUAUAACUGGAUAGAGUUUAUGAAAGCAGCUAAUGAGCAUCGAUUUCUUGUAUUUUGUACAGAUUCUGAUCUGUAUCGUCAUUUGACAAUUGCAGGUUAUGAAAAUCGAGCUGUCCUUGUGCCCGAUGAUUGGAUGUGGUUUUCAAACAGCAGCAGCUAUACCCCUUGGAUCCUUGAGCGGCUCGUGCACCUGGAUAUUAACCCACUGAUGCUAGACAUCCAUCAGCUCAUCCUUUGGCCACGAGCCCGAGAAUAUGUUAGUACAAUGAUGCAUGUUCGUUGGGAUACUCAAUUGAUCGCGACAGGCCGAGAUGCGUCUCAUCUUCAGGGCGGAUUGAUUUAUUUGAUGCGGGAUUCUUAUCAAGUUAAACGAUUACUAGCUCAAGUUGUGCAAAGUCAAAUGUAUGAACCUACGCUUUCGCUUCAGGAAGCGUUCCAUCAAGCUCUCAGCCAAACACAUAUUCACGUCAAGUCCGGAUUUGUCCUUCUUUUGGAUGACAUUCAUUUUCCUAAUGGUGAAGUAUACUUUGAGCAAAAACAUUCAGGAGCCGCUGGUAUAGAACCUUACAUGGUUUAUGUAAAUCACAAGUCUGGAGAAGAGCGUGUUGAUCUAUUGAAAAAUAAUAGUUUAUGGCGCGUUGAUGAAGACCUUGUCAAGCAAAUAGACGAUCAACUUGCUGCGGUACUUAAUACAUAA